AUGUCGGAACCGCCUCUCGGCGCCCAGAGCCCGAGUCGCGACUCACAUCUGCCGCCGCGUGACGCGCCUCCCACCGCUCCGGAUGCGGACGCAACCAUCUCGGCAACGGCAAUCCAGAACGACGAGCUAAGCGGUACGGAUGACGGCGCGGCUCAGUCUUCGAUCCUGGCCAUUCGGUCACGACCGCUGGCCGAAGAGACUCCCGUCAACGGCGAUGACAUCUCAUUAGGUCCUUUCUUCGAGGUCCUGACAUUCGACUUACGCUACCAAAUCUACCAGCUGGCUUUUGGCGGGAAGAUCCUUCAUCUCUACCUCUUGUACCGACGCAGCCUCCAGCCCGACGUGAGAUGGAGGAAAGGCCACCAACCCGUGCCGGCCUGGUACCCUCACUCGCCCGGUGUCUCCCCAAUGGAUCCGCCGUUCGUGGACGCGAGCAUGACGCCGCAGUGGUACUGGUGGAGUUGCGUCUGCGGCCCGGAAGACCGGAGGCUUGAGACGAAGCUGGGAGAUCAAUGUCCUAGGGGGUUCUUCCAGACGUGCGGGCCUAAGGAGACGUAUCUGGAAGUCUUGCCUUGGUUGUUAACUUGCCGUCGGGCCUACGAAGAGACGAUCAAGGUCUUGUACGCCAGCAACACGUUCAAAUUCGAGCAGAGGCUUGAGGCGAUGUACUUUCCCUAUGCCAUUUCCACACCCCAACUGAACUGGAUCACGUCGCUGGAGAUUCGCAUACCCGACCGCGACGAGUCUCUCAUUGAUCGCUCCCUCGACAACGCCCCGCGUCCGUCCAAGAGCGCUCCUCUCAUUACCGAACUUCGCGCCUUGAGUCCUCGCGACCAGUAUCUGCAGAUCAUCAACCAGAUCGCGCCCACCUUCCCAGCACUACGGCGUCUGCACAUCUCUUUCGAGGGAUCAGUCCGGCGAGUCCCGGUUCCAAGGCCCAACGUGACGACUCUGCUCAUCUCCACACUUGGCGAGGUCAACGCGGAUGAGCUAUCAGGAUUAGUCCUGGAUCCCAUCGACAAUCUACCGAGGGGUAUUGAGAAGCAGGUGCUGUUCUAUCAAUCACUCUACACUGCAUUGCUAGCAGCAGAAGCGAAGCAGAGAGGCGAGGAAGUCGAGGAAGUCGAGCAUCUCAGGAACGACGGACGGCCCGGCUGGACUAAAUUCUGGCGGUCUCUGGCGACCGAGGACGACCCAAGGGCAGGAUACUGGGUAUGCAAGUUUGGCUGA